AUGUCCCUAACCUUCUACGACAUCGCCCUGGCACCCCCAGUCGAAAAAACUUCCUGCUCACCAAACCCCUGGAAAACCCGCUACGCCCUAAACUUCAAAAAAGUCCCCUACAAAACAACCUGGGUGCCCCUCCCCGACAUCAGCAAGGUCCGCGUCCCCUUCAACAUCCCCGCUUCCCGCAAAUUCGCCGACGGAUCCCCCUACCACACCCUCCCCAUCGUCUCAGACCCAACCACAGGCCGCACAAUAGGCGACUCCUUCGAAAUCGCCGUAUACCUGGAAGAACAAUACCCAUCCUCGGGAGCGGGGGAGCUUUUCCCAGCCCAGGACCUUGAUUUCGUGUUUGGACGGGAACUAGAGCUUUUCGCGCCGAUCGCGGUCGCGGAUGUCGGUGAGGAUGGGGCUAUCCCGGCAUACGUGCGGUUCAAUACCAAUGUGGAUAGUGCGUUUACUGCGCAUGCGCAACUGAUGGGGGGUGGGUUGCCUUUGGAUCCUGCUAGGGCGCAAGAAACCAAAACGGAGUUUGAGAAGAGGAUUGGAGUGCCGUGGGAUGCUAUGGUUGUUAAAGGGGAGGCGAGGGGGGAGUUGAUGAAGUCGUUUGAGGAGACAUUAAGUGGGCUUGCGAGUUUGUAUAGGAAGGAUGCGAGUGGGCCAUUUUUAUUGGGGACUCGGGCUACUUAUGCGGAUUUCAUUGUUGGGGGUUGGUUGCGUAUGUGUCAAGGUACCUUGCCUGGGGAAGAGUGGGACGUGAUCAAGGGGUGGUAUGGCGGCAUCUUUGGAAAGUUGCAUGAGGCGCUAGAGGUGUUUGCGCAGAUGGACUAG